CCCACGCAUACGGGGGGCACUAAGCAGGGGGGGCAUUCACUAGACAAUAAGCGCAAGCCAUGCAAGCAUAUUCCUGAUCAUCAUCUUUGAGGAUUGGUUAAAGCUCUUUGCCCUACCUAGCGAUGGGGACAUACAAAUACGGAAGCGACUAUUUCAUAAAGUAGAUCACACUUAUACAAUCGGCAAACAUGGCACCUUCGCCGGCCAAACGAGCAAAAUUGGCUAAAGAUCAACAUGCAUCACAAGUGAAUAUCAAAGAUCUCUUUGCUAAAUCAGCUCUGAAAUCGGCUGCUUCCAUUUCACAAAGGAAGACGGAAGAAGAAGAAUUGGAAUGGGCUAUAUCCGAAAGUCUAAAAGAUCAGAAUGCACCAGUCAAAAGAGUCUGCUCAUCGUCAAUCGAUGGAAGAUCUGAUGCACACAAAGUUUCGCCACUGAAAGAGACCCAACUUGCAGAUCAAUCAAAUAUGCCACGUAAUAGUCCAUUGCAGCUUCAGACAGAAUGCAAACCUUUUGCAUCUCAUCGAACUACUCACUCGCCUAUCAGAAGCAUUAAAAAUGCUUCUGAAUGCCAGCCUUCUGCCGAAUCUUCUUCGACGAUGCUCUUCGAUGGUCGUUCCUUUGAACUUGGACAAAAUGUCGAAAAACCUUCCAAGAAAACUCCAGCAAAUGCAUUCUCAAAGUUAAUGUCAACACAUUCUGAAGCGAAAGAAUGGGCAACGGCUGAUUUGGUUGAAUCAAAAAAUUAUACAGGCGCUGCAAGAUCUAGACCACAAAAGAGAACGGCACCAUUUUAUAAAGUUUUAACAGGAAUGCCGAUCAGCGUAGACGCUUUUAGGUUUGGGGAAAUUGAAGGAUGCUCGGCCUAUUUUCUCAGUCACUUUCAUGCAGAUCAUUAUGGAGGCAUGACCUCUGUUUGGAAUCAUGGCCCAAUUUACUGCAGUGUCACAACUGCAAAUCUGGUACGCUCUUCUUUACGUGUACAAGACCAAUACGUUUGCCCUUUACCGAUGAACGAAACCAUUACCAUUCCACGAUCGGGUGGUGUUCAGGUAACAUUACUGGAUGCAAAUCAUUGUCCGGGCUCAUGCAUUUUCUUAUUCGAAGGUCCACAAACUUGUCAUAUCUUACCCGCCUCUUCCGGUUUCAAUCAUCCACCUCUGCCGCCCUUAUCGAAAACGUUCCGCUAUCUUCAUUGUGGAGAUUUUCGCGCAUCGCCACGUCAUGUUAACCAUCCAGUGAUGAAAGGAAAACGGUUGGAUAUCAUCUAUUUGGACACGACGUACUGCAAUCCUAGAUAUUGCUUUCCCGCACAAGAAAUGGUGGUGAAUGCAUGUGCUGAAAUGGUCAGAAGGGCGGCGCCAGAGCAAUGUCGUAUUGGGCAAAUGAGUCGAUCGAACGGGAUGCUUACAUCCGGAGAAGAUUGGUGGAAUUCACCAGCGAAAUCAAGGAAAAGCGAAUCGAUUCAAUCAGAGGAGGAGUGUAAAGGUGCAUCAGCAUUACGGCAAUGGCUCAAAACUGAUCAAGCAGAUUCAAAAGGGCUCAUCAAAGCUGACACUGCGGAUGAAUCCAACAAAGAGAUAGUUGUGAAGAGAGAACCGGAUGAGAUGGAAGAUGGGCUAGAAUUCCACGAUGAAACUUUUGGCAUGUCUGAAGAAUUAGAAGAAGGGGAUGACUCUAAAGAUGGCAGCUUUAUCGAAGACGAAAUCAAAAGCGAAUUUAAUGAAGAUACCGGUAAUGCAAGCGCAGUAAAGCAAGAAGAGCAUGGAAAUACCACAGAUUGCUCCCCGACAAGGCUCAAGUCGGAGGAAAAGCCUUUGCACGAAUCUGUAAAAGCCACCGAUCACACUCGUGUCCUGGUUGUUGUAGGAACCUAUACGAUCGGCAAGGAAAAGAUUGUAAUGGCAUGUGCAAAAGCUCUUGGUACUCGAAUCUAUUGCGCAGAUCCCCGCAAAUAUCGUGUUUAUGCUCAAUUGGAAGAUGAUGAAUUACACUCACUGCUAACUCGUGAUCCUUUGCAAGCAUAUGUUCACGUCACAUCUUUGAUGAGCAUAAAUGGAGAUGCAUUACAAGAGCAUUCUAGUAAGAUGCGCUCUUUGGGGAUGCGAAUCGAUCGUUCGAUCGCUUUUAGGCCAACCGGUUGGACCUAUAGACCGCCAGCUGGGAUGGACACCGUAAGUCCUAGCCUGGAAAGGUUGAUCAAUUGGAAUCAAGGAAGAACUUUCGGUCCUUCUUAUCUAACAUCGACUAGAGAUAGCACGAUGAAAUAUACCAUUUAUGGCGUACCUUAUUCGGAACAUUCAAGCUUUUUCGAAUUAACGGCAUUCUGCUUAUCGGUGGAUUAUGAUCGAAUCAUUGCAACCGUCAAUGUUGGCAAUCCGAAUAGCAGGAACAAGAUGGCUCGUUGGUUCGAAAAAUGGAAAGCAGAAAAGAAACGUAGAAAUGGUGAAGCUGUCGAACCAAGAUCGCCGGAUUUCUUUUGACAAAAUUGUAGCACACUGUUGGUGGAUGUACUUUAUCUUUUGUAUCAUUUAUAUCGCAUCGUUUUUACGCAUCAUAUCCUCAUCAAUUAAAGUACGCACGCGAGAUAAUUAGAAGAAAAAGAUUAAGAUUUAUAACUACAUCAAGUAGUCAUGAGAUUGAAUGG